UUCCAUAAGUUAGACAGUGAUGGCCAAAAUUAUACCCUACACCUGACAGAUCUGAAAAUAUUGACCAUUUUGCCUCCAAACAUGAUUUCAUUUCAUAAAAUUGUUGCUCUGAGUUAAACAACUCAGAUGAAGUGAAUUGUAGCCUACUGGUGUCAUCCACUUUUAACUUUAAUAUUUGGUAUGCCCACUUUUGGCAGCAAUUACAGCAGCACAUCUCUCUGGCAUAGUGUUCAUAUAUUUUCCUCAGAACUUCAUCAGUAAGUUUAUCCCAUGCCUUCUGCAACUCAAACCAAAGGCUUUCCUUUGAAUGUACAUUAAGUGCAGUUGAUUUUCCACCUCGCCUGAGGCUUUGAGGUGGCCAGUAAGAAACAAAGUCAUCAUUAUGCUCUAUAAACCAAGAAAUAGAGCCAUCAUAAAGAGAUUUAGAUAAUUUUCCUUACUGGCCCCCUCAAAGUCCAAACCUCAACCCCAUCAAGCAAAUUUGGGGUGAGUUUGUUUUUGGCCACCACUGUAUUUUGAAGAUAUGUAGUAGCCUAUUAUAGGAACACGUUGAAAGUUCAUACAAGUCAGCAGAAUGGGCAUUGGGCAGCUAAUAUCUCUUAGAUGUAAAAAGCUAUAAACUGCUGUUUUAAAUGAUAUAAAACAAUGUGUUAAACUAAACAGUAAAAAUAUGCUUUUCAGAGAUGUUGUAUGUCUGAGGUUUUCUGAAACAAAUGAGAGGCUAAACAUUACAGUAAACAUCUCUGCCUGUAUCGGGAAACAUUAUACAAGGUCCUCUUUCAGUCAAACUAAAUUAAAUUAACAGGCAUUUACCCAACACUAAUGCUAUAACCUUUGGGUAUAUGGUUAAGUGAGAAAGCCUAAAUGUGUGAAAAUGUGUAUGUGUGAACACCUGAUUAGGGUUAGCUAACACAAACAUAUAUGUAUAUCUUCAAAAAAUGGCAUACACUUUUAGUAGUAGUAUCACUUAAAUAUUACAGUGUAAUAAGUUCAAUAUUUUUUAUUUGAAAUUAACUUAUUGGGUUUUACAGUAUGCAUCAUUUUAUGAUUUGGAGAACCCAUGAUAGAAAAAACAAAAACUAUAGUAUACCCUUACUAAAUUAAACUGUACUAAACUUUAAUAUAUUAUUGUUAAUGUGUAUUAUAGUAGUGAAUUUAUAAACUUUUGGGAAUACUAUAGCAUACAUUAAUAUUCAUUAAGGUUCAAACAUGCUGUAGUAGGCUAUAAAGGCAUUUUACUAAAAUGUUUUUUUUUAUGUGAGAAGUGACAAAGCAAAUAACCAGCUGCGUUCUUUAGACAAACAGCAAACUCUCCUCCCCAUUACGCACACUUACUGCCCGCGUAAAAGACGUCUUUAAUCAUGCGCGACUAAGCCAGUCAUUACACAUCAUUACAUCAACAUUUGCGCUAUUGUUAAUAUUUAUAAUAGGGUGAAUGUUUGGAAGAGCAAAAUAGAUUGUUCAAAUUAUUUUUAAAAACCAUGAUAAUAGAUACGAUGGUAUAUUAGAUCUAGACCUAGUCUGUUUAGGAGUCUUGUUUUAUAACAUAAGUUGCGCUCACGAAUGUCAAGUUUCCCAGCGUAGCCAAUGUGCCGCGCGCGCAGAAGAGUCCGUGAGUGCGCGCGAGUCAUUUCGCAACGACCAAAGAAAACCUCAAAGUGUUUUACAUUUUCAUCGAGUUUGUGGGUGAUUGUCACUGAAAGGACACCAAACAGCUUUCGAGCCGCUUAUAUUCUGACGAAGUGAGCACAAACCCCGGAUACCUCGUUGCCAUGCGCUUGAUUCUAUUUAAUGAAUCACAGGCAUUGUCGUGAAGUCAGCGGAGAAAAUGGAUCUGUAAAUGCUCUGAUUAUCGGAUCUUAAUACACGAUCCUUACCUCUUAGUUGAUGUAAGUGUUGACGGAGGGGAUCGUACUGGAGAUGGCAGCUCUGAUGACUUCAGGACUUUGGCUUGCAGCUCUCACCGUAGCAACUGUAUUGUGUGCAGAGGUGGAGGAGCGGUUGGUAAACUACCUACUCUCCCCCGAUCGAUACAACAAACUAAUCCGACCAGCAGUCAACAAAAGCCAGCAGGUCACCAUUGCCAUCCAAGUGUCCCUUGCCCAGCUUAUCAGCGUGAAUGAGAGAGAGCAGAUUAUGACCACAAAUUGUUGGCUCACUCAGGUAUGGCAUGAUUAUCGGUUGAUGUGGGAUCCAGAAGAGUAUGAAGGAAUGAGAAAAGUUCGUCUUCCCUCGCGGCAUAUAUGGCUACCUGAUAUUGUUCUGUACAACAAUGCUGAUGGGACAUACGAGGUGUCUUUUUAUUCCAAUGCGGUUGUAUCAAGCAAUGGUGAAGUUGCCUGGCUUCCACCAGCGAUCUAUAAAAGUGCCUGUAAAAUAGAAGUUCGGGACUUUCCCUUCGACCAGCAAAACUGCACGCUCAAGUUCCGUUCCUGGACGUAUGACCACACAGAAAUCGACCUCAUCUUGUUGUCGGACUUUGCCAGCCGAGAUGACUUCAAGCCAAGUGGAGAGUGGGAUAUUGUCUCCUUGCCUGGACGUAAAAAUGAAGACCCUAAUGACGUCACAUAUUUGGAUAUAACGUACGAUUUUAUCAUCAGACGUAAACCGCUGUUCUACACCAUAAACCUCAUCAUCCCCUGUAUUCUUAUCACUUCAUUGGCCAUCUUGGUGUUUUACCUCCCAUCAGACUGUGGGGAGAAGAUGACUCUGUGUAUCUCCGUUCUUCUGGCCCUAACUGUGUUCCUCUUACUGAUUUCCAAGAUCGUACCUCCGACCUCACUCGCCGUGCCCCUUAUUGGAAAGUACCUGAUGUUCACCAUGGUCUUGGUCACUUUCUCUAUAGUCACAAGCGUGUGUGUACUAAACGUGCACCAUCGAUCUCCAAGCACGCACACUAUGCCGAAAUGGGUCAAAUACUACUUCCUUGCACGUGUGCCUGGCUUACUUUUCAUGCGACGACCAGGAGAGUCCAACAGACGGGAAAAAUUUCGCAGGAAGCACCAGCAUGGCUCCUCAUCUGAUUUACCAGCAAAACAUGAGGCAGAUGAGUUGGCUUCUACCUUCUUUUUGAAUGAAGAUUCUAGCAAGCAUAUUGGUUGGAGACCUAAUGAGUCACACGAAGGCACAGAGUUUCGUAAGCGGAGGGCAGUAAAGUACUCUGCGGACAUGGAGGAGGCUGUGAAGGGCGUCAGAUACAUCGCUGACAAGUUGAAGAAUGAGGAUGAUGAUGAAGGGAUAAUCGAGGACUGGAAAUAUGUGGCCAUGGUGAUCGACCGAAUGUUUCUGUGGAUCUUUGUUUUGGUGUGCGUGACAGGAACCAUUGGCCUCUUUAUGCAGCCGCUCUUCAAGAGCUAUAACACACCCAGCAUUGAUGAUUUGUAGAGACGUACAGGCUUCAACUCAACAAACACAGAUCAACGGCACAUCAUAGCUGUUUAUUUUUGCUCCACUCCAUAUCCCCAAACCCAGUCUUAGUAGCUGACAACCUAAUUAUGUUAACACAUUUAAAAAUUGGCAGGUAAACCCAACACAGAACUUCAAUACAGACACAUUUUAUAUAGGAUUUGUGCCCUUACUACAGCACUCUACUGAAUUUUUUAUGCCAUUAAGUCUGAGCACAAUUCUGGGCACAGAAUAUUAGCUGCCCUCAACAUUGACCUAAUGUCAAAACUGUCAUUCAUCCAUAAAAGUUGUGCCCUGGAGGGCUUAAUGCACUGUAACGUUUUAUUGAACAAAAAGUGCCCAAAGCUUCAAAAACCCCCCAGCCAACAGUCGCCUUGGUUUGACUGUCUGUCAAACCAAAAACUUUUGAAGC